AUGAAUAACGGUCGAAUUCCCAAGGAUUUCUUGUACGGUGAAUUGGUCGAGGGAUGUAGAACAAAAGGGCGCCCAAGGUUUCGGUUCCAUGACAUUUGUAAGAGGGACAUGAAAAGCUGCUCCAUCAAUUUCAGAUCUUGGGAGAGCUUAGCAGAUGAUCGCGCAGUCUGGAGGAUGUCAGUCAAGCAGGGUGCAUUACGUGUGGAGAUGGAUCAAAUUCGGAAACAGCGUCAAAAUCAACUUCAGCAGCCGACGGCCUUUAUCUGGGUCUUUUUUAUAGAGGUUAUUUCAACAAAUGACAUAUUUUCAAGCUUUCUUACUCUUCUCUUAUUUUCGUAA